AUGAUGCCAGUCACCAUGAAACCAGUGCACGUAAAGAUUAACGUUGUUCAGUUGAGGCUUCACUUAAAUGAAAGCUUCGAUGGAAAAAAAUGGUUUAACAUGGAAUCGUUCUUGUGGGCUUACAAAGACAAUCAAUUUCGUGAUCGAGUUUGUAGAGCAAGUGGAAAGUUCUCUCCUCAUUUGAGUUAUGCAGUGUUACAUAAGAAUCACUCGAGGUGGAUGAAAUACGAGAAAUGUUUAAAAGCUCAAAUUUCUCAUCAUGCCCGUCCAUCAACAUAA